AUGGCGGAGACUGCACAACGCUGGAUCCCACUUGAAUCUAAUCCUAAAGUGCUGAACAAGUAUGUUCACAACCUUGGAAUGGACUCCAGCUGGAAUUUUGUUGAUAUCUAUGGCCUUGAUCCUGACCUAUUAGCAGCCGUACCUAAACCAGUGGCUGCAGUUAUUUUAUUAUUUCCUGACACCAAGCCUGCAGAGCUGAUUGGGUACCUGCAACAAGACUUCCCUCCGGAUCUUUACUACACAAAACAAACAAUUGAGAAUGCCUGUGGGACCGUGGCUCUUGUGCAUGCGCUGGCAAACAACCAGAACCAAAUUAAGUUUGAUGAUACUAAACACUUCAAGACUUUUCUGGAGAUGACCAGUACUCUGAGUCCAGAUGAAAGGGCUAAAUUUUUGGAACAGGACAAUAAAAUGGGAACAGCACAUGAUGAUUGUGCUCUAGAAGGAGAAACACAGGCUCCUUCUGUGGAUGAGCGUGUGAAAUCCCAUUUCAUUGCUUUUGUCCAUUACAACGGACAGUUAUAUGAAUUAGAUGGCAGAAAAGAUGCACCUGUUGUACAUGGCAAAACUAGCCCCGACACUCUGUUGUUGGAUGUUGCUGAAGUGGUGAAAAAGUUCAUGGCCCGAGACCCGGACAAUGUCAAUUUCAACGUGAUGGCCCUGGUGCGUGGCGGCGAUGCAGAAUAG